AUGAACCACUUUACCGGAACACGUCUUAAAGAUCUCUGGCCAUUGGGGCAGGACGGAUUUAUGACAAAUUAUUUCUUUGCCCCCACGUACAAAGAAUACGAGGAGGGAAAAACGCAGAAGGACACGGAGGCACAAGAGGCUCUGCUUGGAAGCGAAGAUGACCCCCAGCGACACAGUUCGAGUCCAUUUCUCAAAAGAGCUUUCCAGGCUUCAAUAAUUACAGCCAAGGCACUGUUAGUAGUAUCCUACGUUUUGUUAGCAUAUUAUGCUUGGACGCUACGAAAGCAGACGUGUAUCCUUGGCAACGAAAGAAUAUUCAACGACAUACCGAUAGUAUAUGAGAGCACUCGCUUCCAACGUGCUGGCUUCCACGACUCGCACCACAGCUCUCUUAAUGCCUAUGAAGGUGCACCAAAUGAACAGAACAAUGAGGCAUGGAAGGGACUCCUUGAUGUCGGUGUUGUACUCAUCUCGGACGAAGAAAACUCGCGGAUUACGAAUGGAAGUGCAACUACGAGAUCAGACAUGCACAAACACAUUGUUGAGCUCGAAAUGUUUCAUCAACUACACUGCUUGAAAUGGCUUCGGGAUCAAUUUUGGGAACUUGAUUCCGCGAUUAGCACAGCCAAACCUCUCAUUGAGAUACCACAGCGGCAGAAUCACACAGAUCACUGUAUUGAUUACUUACGACAAGCCAUCAUUUGCCAUGGCGAUGUAACUCCCAUCACAUUCGAGUGGAUCCCAGAAAUCACAGGCUAUAUUGCCCAUCAUACCACGGAGCAUCAGUGUCGCAACUUCGACGCCAUACACGAAUGGGCUGAGCAGAGGGGCGCGCCUGGAUUCCGUGCUGACGGGAAACAUAAGAAUGUCGAGCUCAAGCAUCCUGAAAUGUCUGAUUAG